AUGAGGAAGGCAAAGAAGAUCGUUGAUCUCCAAGGGGGUGUUUUAGGUGGUUUAAUUGACUGGAUCGGAUGGAGAGAAGAGGGUCCGACGACAGGUGGGGAUUCAACUAAAUUUUGGGAAUUAGGGUUUUCAGAAAUUUGGAUUGACAAAAAUAUGCAGCCAGAAAUUUCAAAAGCAGCCGCUAUACAAAAUAUAACGAGGGUUCCUGGAAAGAGAGGUAGGAAUGAGAUUCCGCAUGAGAUAAUUGAGGUUAGUCAGGAUGAACUGGUGAAGAAUCAACCACAAGAAGACCAAUUCAAAUCAACUGGAAUAGCUUUUGGGUCAUCAUAUCAGAAUUGUACUUAUAGUCUCUUAUUCUAUAUUAUUUUUCAACCGGCUUCUUCAGGGAAGGGGAAGCCAACGAAGCUACACAAGAGGAAACAUCAUAUUGGAUCUUUAUACUUUGAUAUGAGAUCUAAAGAGAUGGAAUUGGCAGAAAGGCGCUCAAAAGGCUUUCUCACAAAAGCAAAAACACAAGCCAAGUAUGGAUGGUAA